AUGAUCCGCGGCCGGGGCCUGGCAGUCACCCACCGGCCGGGCCGGAAGUCCUUUCGCCCCGUCGCUGCGGCUCAGAGAGCACCGCGCUGCGCAAAAUCCCUCCGCGAGUGCCGAGGGGACACCGCGGCGCCCAACGUCGUGGCGCGGAUCUCGCAGUGGGCGGACGACCACCUGCGCCUCGUCCGGAAUAUCAGCACUGGAAUGGCCAUAGCUGGAAUGAUGUUACUUCUAAGAAGUGUUCGACUGACAUCAAAAUUUACAAGCUCUUCAGAUAUUCCAGUAGAAUUUAUAAGAAGAAAUGUUAAACUACGUGGACGAUUACGCCGAAUAACUGAGAAUGGUUUAGAAAUUGAACACAUUCCUAUUACUUUACCUAUUGUAUCUUCAUUGAGAAAAGAGCCGUGUGGCUCUUUGCUGGUUAAGCUGGCGGGAGUAGAACUCACCGAAACUGGGAAGGUGUGGUUACAAAGAGAACUGAAGCCUUCCCAGUUACUGUGGUUCCAGCUUCUCGGAAAGGAGGAUUCAGCACUCAUUUGCUACCUUUUAGUGAAUAAGGGUGGAUAUUUUAAUGUGAGCCUGAAUGAAGAAAUUUUGAGAAGAGGCCUUGGCAAAACUGUUCUUGUUAAAGGGCUUAAUUAUGAUUCUAAAAUCUAUUGGAAAAUUCACAGAAACUUACUUAAAGCUGAAUUAGCAGCCGUGAAAAAAGGAGAAGGGAUAUGGAAGGAAGAAUCAAAAGAAAGUUACUUGGAAAAAUUCAAAGAUUCCUGGAGAGAAAUAUGGAAAAAGGACAGUUAUUUAAAGACAACUGGACCUGAUUUCAACUUGAAAAAAGAAAGUUAUUAUGACAUACUUAGAAGGACUUAUGAAGUAUGGAAAGAAAACAUGAAUAAUUAUUCCUUAAUAUUGAAGUUCAGAGAACUUAAAAGUCGCAUACACUUUCGUAGAAAAGGGUGAACUAUCCAAGAGGUCUAGAGGUGACCUACUCCAAAGAGUAAAAUAUGUAAAUAGAUGGACAUUUUUCAUUGAGUUGAAAUGGAAAUUACCUCCAAUGAUCAAAGGUAAUGACAUUUGAAGGUUAAAAUAAGAUGAUUAUUAUAAUAUUAGAUUUAAUUC